UGUCAAAUUACAGAUAAUUUGUUUACUUCAUCUCUGCCAAAGAAUUAUUACACAACCGAAAAGCUAGCUGCUUUUCUUGGUGCAAUUGGUUGCUUUUGAUAGCCACAAAUUGUUCGCACAGUAUUUCGCUUCCUUGUAAACGCGUCCCCGACAACGCACCAGGAUGACUGACGCCAAUUUGCCGAUUGUGAACACGCUGCGCCUGCGGCCAUUGACGAAGGAAAACAUCCUGUACUACUACUUUCCGCUGAAGGGAAUGCUCAGCUAUGCGGCAUUGUCCGUCAACGUAAUGAAUCCCUCGAUUGCUAUCAAACUGCUACCAAAACGAGACGUGACAAACUUUUUGUUGCUGCAUACCGUACUCGGAACGACGCUGUUCAUGUAUAGCAGACCGCAUCUGAAAGCAGUGCAAACGAACAAACGAGUAGCGUAUAGCAUCUGUGGAUCCGUGCUAUUUAGCUUCGGUUCGGUGCUGGUGUGGGCAGUCAUUCGAUCGGCCGUCCCUCGCAAUCAGGGGCUUGCAACCGCCCUUGGUUUGUCGUCGGGUCUGCUGAUGGCCAAACUGGGCUACGAUUACAUCGAGAACAACGAUAGUCUAGCGGUGGCGAAAAAGAACUAAACGAAUAGGUUUUUUUAGGAUCUCAUCGCAAUUCGCCCAACCAAUUGGCGCUGAGCCAUUUAUAAUGCGGACCUUAACUUUACCGCUAAUGAAGCAGUCGAAAAUUUACUAAAUUAUACGAAUGCAGAAUGAAUUAGUUCGAACAUUGGAAAAAUACACGAAGAUUGUUGCUAUUUCUAUUACCUUAAAA